CAGCCGUAGGGAGGCGGAAGGAGCCGAGGACCAGCCUGCGCCGAGACGGGGCGCAGGAGCGAUGGCGGCCAUGGCGGCCUCGGAGCCCGGGUGUCGGAGCUGGUCCUUGUGUCCCGAGGUGCCAUCCGCCACCUUCUUCACCGCGCUGCUCUCGCUGCUGGUGUCCGGGCCCCGCCUGUUCCUGCUGCAGCCGCCCCUGGCGCCUUCGGGCCUCUCGCUGCGGUCCGAGGCCCUGCGCAACUGGCAAGCCACUAUGGAAGGAGAGGUCAGGAUUACAGCCGAGGAGACUGGCACAAAGAGUGUUAAGUGACACCCACUCAAUCCACCCUGAAGCUGUUACAAUUAAUUAACCCUCAAACUGCCCGGUGAGAUAGUUUACAGGCUGGUGACGUACAUCUUUGUCUAUGAGAAUCCUGUCUCCCUGCUCUGCGGUGCUAUUAUCAUCUGGCGUUUUGCUGGCAAUUUCGAGAGAACCGUGGGCACCGUCCGCCAUUGCUUCUUCACCGUGGUCUUCGCCGUCUUCUCUGCCAUCAUCUUCCUGUCAUGUGAAGCCGUGUCCUCGCUGUCGAAGCUGGGGGAGGUGGAGGAUGCCAGAGGUUUCACCCCGGUGGCUUUUGCCAUGCUGGGAGUCAACUCUGUCCGCUCCCGCGUGCGGAGGGCCCUGGUCUUUGGCGUGGUCGUGCCUUCAAUGCUGGUGCCGUGGCUCCUGCUAUGUGCCUCCUGGCUCAUCCCCCAGACCUCCUUCCUCAGUAAUGUCUGUGGACUUGGAAUUGGGCUAGCGUAUGGCCUCACCUACUGCUAUUCCAUUGACCUCUCAGAGCGAGUAGCCCUGAAGCUUGACCAGAAGUUCCCCUUCAGCCUCAUGAGGAGGAUUUCGGCGUUCAAGUACAUCUCAGGCUCUUCAGCCGAAAGAAGGGCGGCCCACAGCCGGAAGCUGAACCCCGUGCCCGGCUCCUACCCCACGCAGAGUGGCCACCCUCACCUGUCCCCGAGCCACCCUGUCGCCCAGAUGCAGCACACCAGUGGCCAGAAACUAGCCGCCUGGCCAGCUUGCGCUCCUGGCCACAUGCCCAGCCUGCCUCCGUACCAGCCAGCUUCCGGCCUGUGUUACGUACAGAACCAUUUUGGAACGAUCCCCAACUCCUCCGGCGUCUACCCGGCUUCCGCGGGUGCCUCCCUGGGAGUCCAGCCCCCCGCCCCCCUCAACUGCCCUGGCACGGUGUAUUCUGGGGCCCUGGCCACCCCAGUGGCUGCAGGCUCCAAGGAGUGCUCAAGGGUCCUGAUACCCUGACAGGGAAUUUCUAGGGAAGUUAUCUCACAUCUUGGCUUUCUGAAGAAGGUCCUCUGUGAGCGGAGCUAAGAUUUUCUCGACAAAAAAUUAUUUAUCAAACACCUCUAUGUGCCAGGCUCUGUGUCGAGUAUUUUGAUAUAUAUCGCAAUUCCAGUCCUCAUGACAACUACGUGAAGUGCAGUUUAUCGUCCCCAGUUUACAGACGCAGAGGGAGAGACGCUCCGUGAUUAAGUCACGUAGUUCUGUAGCCGCGCAGCUGGGCUGCUUGGCCCCGGGCCCAGGGCGCCUCCCACCUGCCGCCCUGCCUCCCGAAGAACACCCGGGAGAAGAGUGCACUGGGGUGGUCGGUGGCUGCCAGGGGCUCGUUCUAGCUCUGCGUUUCCUUCCUGUCUUCGUGUGUGGUGCUCUUGGUGGUAGUGCCCGUGCGUCUGUGUCUGCCCUUCGGGAGCUCCAAGCCCAUGUGCUCGGCAGUCCCGGGGCCCGUGUAGUGUUGCCCCCCUACAGUGACCCACCCCCCCCCC